CAGGACUCUUAAGUCGGGAGAAGUUUGCGCACAGCUCACAGUUGGGCGAGGGAAGGAAGGUGCCGGGAAAGCCAGCCCCCCAGACGCUGGGUGGGCUGCGCCGCCCGGCUCGCGGACCUUCCUGACUUGCAGAGGGGCCCACCGUCCGCCCCUCACCGUGGGGCGGACAUCUCCUGCUCAGGAGAUGGGCGCUGUAGCUUGAGUUCCUGAGUCUCUGGAGCCACCACCUGCGAACGUCCUUCGCUACUCCUGAGCUGUGCCCGGCCGCCCACUGAGAGUAUUCCAGAACUUAGAAGAAAAUCAUCUUCCAACACCGAAAAUGAAGUUCACACUUACUCGCUGGUGCUUGGUACUCUUCAUCUUUCUAAAUCACCCAACUCCAAUUCUUCCUGCCUCUUCAAAUAACACCUAUCCUCCAACGAUGGAGUCCGAGCCGUUUCUGUACAUUGUAGGACGAAAGAAAAUGAUGGAUGCACAGUACAAAUGCUAUGACCGAAUCCAGCGGUUACCCCUCUACCAAGGAGAAGGUCCCUACUGCAACCGUACCUGGGAUGGAUGGUUGUGCUGGGAUGACACGCCAGCUGGGGUUUUGUCCCAUCAGUACUGCCCGGAUUAUUUCCCAGACUUUGAUCCAACAGAAAAGGUUACGAAAUACUGUGAUGAAAAAGGGGAUUGGUUUAAACAUCCUGAGAACAAUCGAACCUGGUCCAACUAUACUAUGUGUAACGCUUUCACUCCUGAGAAACUGAAGAAUGCAUAUGUUCUGUACUAUUUGGCUAUUGUGGGCCAUUCUAUGUCGAUUUUCACCUUGGUGAUUUCUCUGGGGGUUUUCGUGUUUUUCAAGAGCCUUGGCUGCCAAAGGGUAACCCUGCACAAGAACAUGUUUCUGACUUACAUCCUGAAUUCUAUGAUUAUCAUCAUCCACCUGGUUGAAGUAGUGCCCAACGGAGAGCUCGUGAGAAGGGAUCCGGUGAGCUGCAAGAUUUUGCAUUUUUUCCACCAGUACAUGAUGGCAUGCAAUUAUUUCUGGAUGCUCUGUGAAGGGAUCUAUCUUCACACCCUCAUUGUGGUGGCCGUGUUCACUGAGGAGCAACACCUGCGGUGGUAUUAUCUUCUGGGCUGGGGGUUCCCGCUGGUGCCAACCACUAUCCAUGCUAUCACUAGGGCACUGUACUUCAAUGACAACUGCUGGCUGAGUGUGGAGACUCAUUUGCUUUAUAUCAUCCACGGCCCUGUCAUGGCGGCUUUGGUGGUCAAUUUCUUCUUCUUGCUCAACAUCGUCCGUGUACUCGUGAGCAAAAUGAGGGAAACCCAAGAGGCGGAAUCACACAUGUACCUGAAGGCGGUGAGGGCCACUCUGAUCCUGGUGCCCUUGCUGGGGAUCCAAUUUGUUGUCUUUCCCUGGAGGCCCUCCAACAAACUGCUUGGGAAAAUAUAUGAUUACCUGAUGCACUCUCUGAUUCAUUUCCAGGGAUUCUUCGUUGCGGUGAUUUACUGCUUCUGCAACAAUGAGGUCCAGACCACCGUGAAGCGCCAGUGGGCCCAGUUUAAAACCCAGUGGAACCAGCGUUGGGGGAGGAGCAAUAGCAACAGCCGCUCUGUUGCCAUCGCUGUAGUAGCUGAGGCCGGCGACAUCCCUGUUUACAUCUGCCACCAGGAGCCGAGGAACGAAGCCGCCAACAAUCUGGACGAUGAGGGCGCAGAGGUCAUCGCUUUGGAGAUCAUAGAGCAAGAGUCCUGCGCUUGACUGUGAAGCACAUUCAGCACCAUGAUCACUGAGCCCUCACCCCCUGGGAGACAGACCGACCAUGCGUCUAAAGUGAUUCCCAUCCUCCCAGGAGCCGAACAUAUCAUCUGUGACGAAUUAUUAAGUGAAUUUGUCCAUAGUGAUUCUGAAGAAAGUUAUUCUUGGUACUAUUGCUGUGGGAGACAGUCUAGGAAUUGAGUCUCCCUCUGCAACACUUGUGAACUCCAUCUUUCAUCCAGGACUGAGUUGCAGAUGUCUUGGUUAUGCAAGCAAAGUAUCUAAGAAAAACGCAACUAAAUUGACCUAGUUCAGAAACAGGGUGCUCCUUGUUAAUCUUGAGCCAUUUAUACCUUUGGAAAAUUAAAAUCACUGUCAAUAUUUUUCUUUUUAACUCAAGACUUUGAAUUAGAAUAUUUCUGUAUUUGGCUAUGAGUCCAAUUUUUAAUUUUUUUUAAUUUCAAUCAAUUCUGAUGUUAUUCAGAUGUUUAACCAUCCACACAAUGUAAACUGCACAAAUUACAUGGCCUCUGCCAGACAAAGUGGCUUUCUAAUAUAGAGAUGACUGAGUGUGUGGGGAGAAGGCCUGUGUUAGGCAGGAAGAUCUAAUGCUUUGAAUGAAAAAGAAAUUUAUAGAGUCAAUUUGCUGGAAGCAUUAGAUGGGCUGAUUUUGUAAUUGGUUUGUUAGUAUCCUAUGCUCAGUGUGAUUGUGGUAAUCCCGCCAAAUAGGGCAGGUCCUUACUGCUGUGAAGAACUGGCCUUCUUGUUGAAUAAGCUUUGGUCACUGGCAUUUACCAGUUGGGAGGUCACAAAGAAUCCAUCAUUAACUUUUUCACAAAACUGCCAAAAAUAUAUGUCCCCCACUUUCCUAAACUCUAGGAUUUAUAAAGCAAAUCACUCCGAGGUUUAUAAAGCAGAUUACCUCUUGCCCUUGGGUGCUAUCUAACAGUAAAAGAUAAAUUUGCUUAAGACUGGUCAUUAAAAGACUCCAUAUAAGUACAUUAACUGCCUUCCACCCAGCUUCAAAGCUUAACAAAAUCUCAGUCUUUUCCAGGAAGAUAUAGUAAGUCUAAUUUAGGAAUCAGUUUGCAAUUCACCUCUUGUGUGCUAUUAGGAAAACAGGAGGGGGAAAAACUUAACUGCUACAAGUUUAACCAUACACUAAUGCAUUUAAAGUAAAAGUAGAGUUUCUCAUUAAAACCCAAUAUUAUAUUUCCACAUCUCUCUUUACUUUCUCAGUAUAAAAUCUUCAAAAAUCCCUGAAUCCAUUAUCAUCACUGGCACCUGGAAUUAAUUUUCAAAUUUGUAAUGGUAAUCAGAGUUAUGGUUAUUUAAUUUGUAUGCUAAAUGAGGAGAUAGACUGAAACCCUCCAAAUCUCCAAAUCUCAUCUAUAUGCCACUGCCUUUCAGAAGUGAUGUGGUUGUGGGAAAAACAAAAAAUUGAUUUGUUUCUAGUUACAUAUUUAGUGCACCCCCAAAAAAAUUAUGUUCCUUCAGUGAAAAUGAAUUUUGGAUACAAAAGUAGCUUAAGUCUCCUUUACAGAAAGUAAGGGAGUUGUUGAAAAGAAAGUAUUUUUCCAAUCACAGUGUUUAUGUAGUAGUGUUCCUAUUUUUGUUUACAAACAUGGAAAACAGAGUAUUUCUGGCAGCUCUAGUACAAAUGUGAUAAUAUAUUGCUGAAAUAUUCUAGAUACUAUUGUGAUAAUAUAGUAGGGGCUGAAGAAAAUGAAACAGCUUUCUGUAGAAUUAUACAUAGUGCCAAAAUUAUGUGAAAUGCUUA